GUCACGCCUCUCCAUCUUUCCUGCUACACUGUUUCCGUUCGUGGGAAAACUUACUGCCAUUCCCAUUUUUUCGAGCUCCGGAACUUUUUUUUUUUUUUGACUACCAUGAAAUCAAAGGUCUGCUUACCGAUAGUUUAUAAGCGUUUUACUUAUAUCGGUCACAGUUAAAACAGUCUUUACCUCCAUAUAUAUAGGCUACAAAAGCAAACGAAAGUGAGGAGAGUUACUUCGGAAAUAAGAAAGCAAGUCGGAAAACAUAAGUUGUGCUUCCAGUAAGGUCAGUAAGAGUUCGAGAAGCUGAAGAUGGCUCGUGGAUGCCUGUGCUGUGUCAAAUACAUGAUGUUCCUCUUCAACCUGCUGUUCUGGCUGUCGGGCUGCGGGUUGUUAGGUGUGGGCAUAUGGCUGUCCGUUUCUCAGGGCAGUUUUGCCACAUUCUCCCCCUCCUUCCCCUCCCUCUCAGCUGCCAAUCUGGUCAUUACCUUGGGCUCCGUCGUCAUGGUAACGGGCUUUCUUGGUUGCCUCGGUGCCAUCAAGGAGAACAAGUGCCUGUUGCUGAGUUUCUUCAUUGUUCUGUUGAUUAUUCUGCUGGCAGAGCUGAUUUUGCUCAUCCUUUUCUUUGUGUACACGGACAAGGUGAGCGAGAACGCUAAGCAGGAUCUUAAAGAUGGCCUGAGUCUCUACAACACGGACAAUAACAUCGGCCUCCGCAACGCCUGGAACAUUAUCCAAGCUGAGUGGCAGUGUUGUGGGGUAACUGGCCACACAGACUGGCAUGAUGCCCUGCAGGAGAAAACAGUUCCAGACAGAUGCUGCCAGGAACACUACAGAGAGUGCGGUCGCAAUGCCACUAACGUCUUCUGGUCACAGGGUUGCUAUGAGAAGGUUGAGGAAUGGCUGAACGACAACAAACAUUUGCUCGGAACCAUCGCGAUGUGUGUGCUGGUCUUACAGCUGCUCGGGAUGGCAUUCUCCAUGACCUUGUACCAGCAAAUCCACAGGGCGGGAAAGAAGUAUGAUGCCUAGAGGAAACCCAGUGUUACACUACAAAAAAACUCUCAGAAUACCUAAUGUAUUGUUUCAAGCCCCGCUUCAUGCCAUCACAAACUAUUACCAGUGAAAAUGAAGCUGUAUUUUUUUUCUAUCAGAUUUAAUUAUGUAGAACAGAGUGUAGAUAUUUUUGCUUGGCUGCUGAGGGGCUAAUUUUUUUGGGCCUGAGGGCUAACAGCAACUGUAAGAUGAAAACUAAUGAAGGGAAUACAUUGUGAGAAGCAGUUAUGGAUGCAGCUGUUAAGCCAAACAGUCUUGGAAAUAGUCUGAUAGUGUAUGAACUGUAAAA